GCUCCGGGCAACAGAGGAGAAUUUCUCGACACAACCAUCUUCCCAUUUUCACCGUUCCUUUGCAGAUUUCAAAAUGGCAAAGGGUCGCACUAAGAAGCGCACUCAUGUUCGCGCGCAAAAUGCCUCCGCAAGUGCCAGAGGCGGCGGCGCAUCGAUGAGCAAAGCCCCGAAAUCUAUGGUCAUCCGAGUCGGCGCUUCUCAAGUCGGCUCCAGUGUCACCCAACUGGUCAAGGAUGUUCGUUUGAUGAUGGAACCCGAUACGGCCGUGCGAUUGAAGGAACGCAAAUCCAAUAGACUGAGGGAUUACACCUCCAUGACCGGUCCUCUCGGAGUCACGCAUCUCAUGCUCUUCUCGAAGUCGGCGACUGGCAACACUAAUCUGCGUAUGGCUCUCACGCCGCGUGGUCCGACCCUCCAUUUCAAGGUCGAGAGCUACUCGCUGUGCAGGGACGUCGAGAAAGCCAUGAAGCGUCCCAGAGGUGGAGGCCAGGACCACAAAACCCCGCCGCUCUUGGUGAUGAACAACUUCAACUCCCCGAACGCCGACGAGAACUCCAGAGUCCCGAAACGUCUCGAGUCUCUCACCACGACUGUCUUCCAGUCGCUCUUCCCGCCCAUCAACCCCCAAGCCACCCCCCUCUCUUCCAUCCGCCGUGUCAUGCUCCUGAACCGUGAACUUUCUCCCGAAUCUGAAAACAAAGACGAAGAAGACUCUUACGUCCUAAAUCUACGACACUACGCGAUCGCCACGAAAAAGACCGGCGUCUCGAAACGGAUCCGUCGUCUAGACCCCAAGGAGGUUCGCAACAAGGAAAAGAAGGGCGCCGCCGUGCCCAACCUGGGGAAGUUGGAGGAUGCUGCCGACUACCUGCUGGAUCCCUCGGCUGCCGGCUACACCUCCGCCAGCGAGACCGAGAUGGACACCGACGCGGAGGUGGAGAUCGCCGAGAGCACCACGAAAAAGGUCCUGACGAAGAGGGAGCUGCAGCGCAUGAAGGCCGGCGAGAAGGACAAGGCCCAGAAGAAGCUGAACGCUACCCCGGGCGUUGAAAAGCACGCGGUGAAAUUGGUUGAGCUGGGUCCGCGUCUCCGGCUCCGACUCAUGAAGGUCGAGGAGGGCCUGUGUGAGGGCAAGGUGAUGUGGCACGACUUCAUCAGCAAGUCCCAAGAGGAAACCAACGCCCAGGAGAAGAACUGGGAUCAGAAGAAGAAGGAGAAGGAGGCGAGAAAGAAGCAGCAGAAGGAGAACAUCGAAAAGAAGAAGCAGGAUAAAGCGAAGGCUCGGGCUGAAGGCAAGGGCGGAGACGACGAGGAAGACGAGGAUGAUGAGGACGAUUGGCUCAGCGACGAUUUUGACGAGGGCGAGGGUACGGAGGAUAAGGACGAUGUUGAGAAUGACGAUGACGAUGAUUCCAUGGAGGAAUAGAUUGGCCACUUCCCAAGUUGUGCAAGGCAAAAAUGAAUGUGAAAGGAGUCUCACUGCUAGGACUCCAAAAAUUUAUACCCGCCAUAAUCUGCUAGACUUUUUUUCUCACUACAGAAAUACAAAAGCGAU